AGAGGGGAAGCGGCUGGGCUGUCUUCUGAGGUCGUGGCGGCUGUGCAGUCCCCAUCGGCUCUACAGAGGGCAGGUAGCGAGGUCCAGAAAGGGUGAACUCCCCGCCCUGGGACACACAGCCUGCGGGCUCUGGGGAGCCCUCCCCGCGGCCCCCCGCAAUUGCUCCAGUGUUUUCUCGGCGCUUGGGAACAGAUGGCUCCAAUUCCCACCCACGGAAGCCAAACAUUUUCCCUGGUUACCCUGCUAAUGUGCUCACAAGCCUCCUCUUGUAAAUAGAGAGUACAAAGGCUCCCGCGAACAGCGUGCCCGACCAGCGAAUUCCGAGUCCACCGGAGAGCCCUCAGACCGAGCGCAGCAAGCCCCAGCCCAGGCUGCCAUGGGCUCCGUGGGCAGCCAGCGCCUCAAGGAGCCCAGCGUGGCGGGCACGCCGGAAAGGAGUGUGGUGAUGAGCUUCAGCUUCGACAGCUGCCGGCCGGAGGAGGAGGGGACGGCGGGGACGACUCAGGGCCAGGGCGUCCCGGGCUUCACGGACUCUGCGGUCGAUGAGCCGGUGCCUGACGACGGCUACCACGCCAUCUACUUCGCGAUGCUGCUGGCCGGCGUGGGCUUCCUGCUCCCCUACAAUAGCUUCAUCACCGAUGUGGACUACCUGCACCACAAGUACCCAGGGACCUCGAUCGUGUUCGACAUGAGCCUCACCUACAUCCUGGUGGCUCUGGCAGCCGUGCUCCUGAACAACGUGCUGGUGGAGAGACUGAGCCUGCACACGAGGAUCACUGCGGGCUACCUCUUGGCCUUGGGCCCCCUCCUCUUUAUCAGCAUCUGUGACGUCUGGCUACAGCUCUUCUCUCAUGACCAAGCUUACGCCAUCAACCUGGCCGCUGUGGGCACCGUGGCCUUAGGCUGCACAGUGCAGCAAUCCAGCUUCUAUGGGUACACGGGGAUGCUGCCCAAGAGAUACACCCAGGGCGUGAUGACCGGGGAGAGCACAGCAGGUGUGAUGGCAUCCCUCAGCCGCAUCCUCACCAAGCUGCUGCUGCCGGACGAGCGGGCCAGCACGCUCAUCUUCUUCCUGGUGUCCGCCGGCCUGGAGCUGCUCUGCUUCCUGCUGCACCUGCUGGUGCGGCGCAGCCGGUUCGUGCUCUACCACACGGCGCGGCCCCGCGACAGCCGCCCGGGCCGCAGAGCUGGCUACCGCGUGCACCACGACGUCGCCGCGGGGGACGUCCACUUCGAGCACCAAGGCCCAGGCCUGGUCAAUGGCGGGUCCCCAAAGGACAGCCCGGCCCACGAGGUGACCAGCGGGGGUGCCUACACGCGCUUCGACAUGCCUCAGCCCAGAGUGACACGGAGCUGGCCCUCCUUCCAAGCCCUGCUGCUGCACCGCUACGCUGUGGCCCGCGCCAUCUGGGCCGACAUGCUCUCCAUCGCCGUGACCUACUUCAUCACGCUGUGCCUAUUCCCGGGGCUCGAGUCUGAGGUUCGCCACUGCGUCCUGGGAGAGUGGCUGCCCAUCCUCAUCAUGGCCGUGUUUAACCUCUCCGACUUCGUGGGCAAGAUCCUGGCGGCUCUGCCCGUGGACUGGCGGGGCCCCCACCUGCUGGCCUGCUCCUGCCUGCGCGUGGCCUUUAUCCCCCUCUUCAUCCUGUGCGUCUACCCCAGCGGCGCGCCUACCCUGCGCCACCCGGCCUGGCCCUGCGUCUUCUCUCUGCUCAUGGGUGUCAGCAGCGGCUACUUUGGCAGCGUGCCCAUGAUCCUGGCGGCGGGCAAAGUGAGCCCCAAGCAGCGCGAGCUGGCAGGGAACACCAUGACCGUGUCCUACAUGACGGGGCUGACGCUGGGCUCGGCGGUGGCCUACUGCACCUACAGCCUCACCCGGGACACUCCCAGCAGCUGUCUCCGCACGUCCGCCAACUUCUCCUUCCCCUCCAGCCUCUGAACCAGGCCUGGGCACCCCCCCCCCCCGCACCACAGCCCCUGACCCGAGGCCCGAGGCCCCCUCCCACCCCCCUGCCUACAGUGCCUGCGGGACCCCGGCCUCCUCCGGUGACAGUCACGCCCGUCACUCCGGCCCCAGGGUUCUGCUGAGCCAUCGGCCACCCCAGGCCACCCAGCACUGUGCUCCCUGUUCUGUCUCACAUCUGCCCUUCCCCGUGUGUGUGUGCAGUGCCUCCUGGGGUCGCGGCCAUCCCCGGCCUGGAGAGCAGACCACCCCACCCGUGGCCCCGUGACCCCAGCCCUCCUGUACCAGGGAGCCCUCAUGGACAGAAGAGGUCCUCAAGGAGAGGGGCUCCCCACUCCCCCCCAUUCCCAAACACUGGUUCUCCCAAGCAAAAUCCAUUUGCCAUGAAGGAACAGUAGCCUUGGGUCCUGGUGGCCUCAGACCAUGGUCUCCACUGGCCUCUCCACGACCACAGCUUCUGCACUGGCCUGGGUGCCCCCUCCCCCUGCUGCCGUGCACCCGGGCGCCCAUCUGAUGCCACCGGCCUGGCGGUCUGCACCUGCCUGGGGACCCCCACCACAUCUCUGGCUGCUCCACCCUCUGCUACAAGGGACACACUCCGGCGGAAGUCCUGGCCUGCGUCAGUCCUUGACCUUCAUUCAGCGAGGCCCGAGGAGGGACGUGAGUCCCUGUGCCGAGGGAGGGGUGUGGGGUCCCUGCCCAGCCAGGACCCUCAAACUGAGGGAAUCCUAGAGCAUCUUGCCAAAGACAGGCUUUUCCAGGGGAGGAGAGCCUGCCCUGCCACGCCCAUGGCACCCCUGUGAGCACCCGCCCCUGUGUCCUGUCCCCCGUCUGUCCACUAACUGUACCGCACUGGCCAUUAAAAGAUGAAGGCGGA